CGCGGUGCAGCGCGCUGAAGACACAUGACCCAGUGCGCCAGCGCUGUCCUACCCGCUCAGAGGCUAGGCUGCGAAGCUGUCUGUCUCGCGAGGAACCGCGCACUCACCAUGGCCACAUCCUGUUCUCUCUCUCUCACCAUGCUGCUCAUGAUUCUCGUCGCGGUGCGCUCAUGUGGCGCACAGAUGGGAACUUUGAACACGACCGAAGAGAUGGCAGAGAAUUGCACGCAACCACAUCUUCAAGAUAUUAGAGAAAUGUUGCUGGAAUUCAACAGAACGGGGGACAGGGAGCGACUGUGCCGCGCCAUGAACGUCAGGUUGGAAUACGGCAGCGCGGCCUUGAAGCAGAAGGACAUCUCGCUGUGCUCCGACCUGGCGCAGCUGUUCCGCGUGGGCUGCCUCGACCACGCCGAGCUGGCGUCGCUGCUGCUGUGCGCCGGGCUGCCCGUCAACUCGCCCGACCACGACGGCGGCACGCUCCUCCACGGGGCGGCGGCGUGCGGGCGCCUGGCGAUGGCGCGGUGGCUGGUGGCGCGCGGCGCCCACGUCGAUGCCGUGGGCUUGUACGAGUGGACACCGCUCAUGUACGCGGCGGAGAACGGCCACCUGGAGAUGGUGCGGUACCUGGUGCAGGUCGGUGCCAACACCACCAUCAGGGACGAGGACGGCUACAACGCCCUGUACUACGCUCGGGCGCCGGAGGUGGAGCGCUACCUGGAGCAGUUGCCGCAGUAGCACAUCGGUGUAGCCGGCAGGGGGGACACACAACACCUUGUUUCUUAUUGUUUUAUUAGUGGUUUCGACACGUUUACGUAACCAUCCGGCUGGGCCACAAAAUGCCGUUAGUGGGCAAUUUACACACCACUCUUAAUUUUAAACAAUAUCACAAUAGAAAAACUAUUUGUGAGCCAUAUUGUAUUGUUUAUUUACAAAGUAUAUGGUUUUACUAACACAGUCCUAUAUAUGCUUAAUCGUGUUUAUUCACGGAUUUGGUUUUCUAAUAUGAUAAAUCUGUUGCGAAGUAUUGUAAUUUUUUUUUCAGGACUUGAAUCAGUUUUUGAUAAUCUGCCAUAAAAUUCUAUUUUCACAGUUGAAAAUCCUAUAACGGCGCGUGAUCACUACGAAGACUAGCCAGUUCAGUGCCUCGCACAUAGAGGCGAAGAGGCGCGUGAAGCUCGAUUCAGUGCCGCCCUUAGCGCCCUUUGCUUCUAGAACUCGUGCGCCUAGCCAGGCGGACGCUACUUUUAAUCACGUGUCUUUAUUUGGAGCGACAUUUAGCUUUGAAUAUCUCCUUGUGUGUUAAUCAUUUUCCAACUUCUUAAAUAAUACACAGCAUUUUUAUCUUUUUAAUUUAAAUGGCCAUAAUUAAGAGAUACAUUUAAAUUCUGAAUAUUUAAAUAUUCAAACAUUAUUUCCUUAUUUGUGUUUCGAUAGAAAAACGCAAAUAUUGCAAAAUGAAAAAAAAAAUUACCUCAAAAAUUUAGGUAAUGUAAUAAAUGUUAUUAAUGAUUUACUGAGAAACAUUCAGAUACAUUGUUCACAAAUGAGUUUGAGAUUAUAUGUAUUACGUUAAGAAAAUCAGUCAAUUCUAUUAUUUAUAUUUUAAAAUUGAUUUUAUGGUUUGUUUGCCCAAAAUCAUGGAAACAUUUAACGAAAGCUACCUACAUAAUGUUCAUCUUAUAUCUCAAACAACAAAUGCAAUCAAGAACAGUGUAUUAAAAUUAUUAAUUAACUUCCCAAUUGUGUCAAAACAGCAAUAAAUUGAUUUUAAAUUGUAAAAAUAUAUCAAACUGAAAAUAAUUCAUUGUUGCUAAUGCAGGAGACACGAGACAGAUCACGUAAAAUCGAGAACUCUGUUUGAUGUAAUUAAAGAAGUGCUCAACCUUAAACACAUUCCAACAAAUGGAUAUAAAAUAUAUUUAUUACAAAAAAUGAUCAUAAACAUUUUAAGUAUAAAGGAGGACUGGGGAUUUUCUCAGCAAAGCAGUAUGACUGUUCUGAAUGAUGUACUUUUUUUUUGUAUGCAGUUAAGAGAACAGAAAUGCUGCCAAACAUUGAUGAAUAAAUAACAAUAUUUCGUGUAGUGUGAAUUUAUAAAUUAAAAUCUUCAUUGUACAGGCA